GAUGUGAAGUGAGAGGGAGGUUGGGAGCCAGUUAGCAACAAAUCCCGCGAUUUUAUGUUGCUGUGUCUGAGCCGUCAAGUGUCUCUCGCAGUCGCUCGACAAGUCAUACAUCAAAAUCCGAUUCUGUACUCGAAGCCCGUUUCUCUGACUCUGAGAGUAAACUCACUCAUUAGCUAUUGUACUGUUUCUGCUGACGCUACCAGCCUGAAUCAGUUCAGCAUGACUGAGAGGAGGCCCUUCGUCCGGCUGCCCACUGACGUUUCCCCCGUUAACUACGCGCUAUGUCUCAAACCAGACCUGGUCGACUUCACCUUCGAGGGAAAACUGGAGGCGGUGGUGCAGGUUACACAAGGUACAAACCAAAUUGUGAUGAACUGUGCUGAUAUAGACAUAAUCACUGCAUCUUUUGCACCUGAAGGAGGAGAAGAAAUUAACGCUACAGGAUUCAACUAUCAAAAUGAGGACGAAAAGGUCACUUUGUCUUUUCCCAGUGCUCUUCUUAAAGGAUCAGGUGUGUUGAAAAUCGAUUUUGUAGGAGAGUUGAAUGACAAAAUGAAAGGUUUUUACCGAAGUAAAUAUACAGCUGCUUCAGGAGAAGUUCGCUACGCAGCUGUCACACAGUUUGAGGCUACGGAUGCUCGUCGAGCUUUUCCUUGCUGGGAUGAGCCAGCUAUCAAAGCUACUUUUGACAUAACCCUUAUUGUUCCCAAGGAUCGAGUAGCCUUGUCAAAUAUGAAUGUCAUCGACCGAAAGCCGUACCCAGAAGACGACAGUCUGGUAGAGGUGAAGUUUGCCACCACACCCAUCAUGUCUACAUACUUGGUAGCAUUUGUCAUUGGCGAGUAUGACUUUGUGGAGAGCCAGUCGUCCGAUGGUGUGACUGUCCGUGUGUACACACCGGUGGGGAAAGCGGAGCAGGGCAAGUUUGCAUUGGAGGUGGCUACAAAGACCUUACCUUUCUACAAAGACUACUUCAAUGUUCCCUAUCCUUUGCCUAAAAUUGAUCUGAUAGCUAUUGCUGAUUUUGCUGCUGGUGCCAUGGAAAAUUGGGGUCUUGUUACCUACAGAGAGACUGCUUUGCUGAUUGACCCAAAGAAUUCAUGUGCAUCUUCACGCCAAUGGGUGGCCCUUGUAGUGGGCCAUGAGCUGGCACAUCAGUGGUUCGGGAAUUUGGUUACUAUGGAGUGGUGGACUCAUUUGUGGCUUAAUGAGGGAUUUGCAUCAUGGAUCGAAUACCUCUGUGUGGAUCACUGUUUCCCUGAGUACGACAUCUGGACGCAGUUUGUAUCUGCUGACUACACCAGGGCUCUGGAACUGGAUGCUCUUGAUAACAGUCACCCUAUUGAGGUUAAUGUUGGACACCCCUCAGAAGUGGAUGAAAUAUUUGAUGCCAUAUCAUACAGCAAAGGCGCUUCCAUAAUUCGAAUGCUGCACAACUACAUAGGUGAUGAGGAUUUUAGAAAGGGAAUGAAUUCAUACCUUUUAAAGUUUCAGCACAAAAAUGCAUUCACAGAGGACCUAUGGGACUGUCUGGAACAGGCCAGUGGGAAACCUAUUGCUGCAGUGAUGAGCACUUGGACCAAACAGAUGGGAUUCCCCAUUAUUGUAGUGGACCAGGAGCAGCAGGGAGAGGACCAAGUGUUGAAGAUAUCUCAGAGGAAGUUUUGUGCUAGUGGUCCACACACUGGGGAGGACUGUCCUAGUUGGAUGGUUCCCAUUAGCGUCUGCUCCAGUGAGGACCCCAGCUGCUCCAAAAUACAGGUUUUGUUGGACCAGCCUGAACUCACAGUCACCAUCCCCAAUCUUGGACCAGAUAAGUGGGUCAAGAUUAACCCUGGCACAGUGGGUUUCUAUAGGGUCCAGUAUAGUUCAACAAUGCUGGAAAGUUUGCUGCCCGGAAUCAGAGAUCUAACACUGCUCCCGGUGGAUCGCCUGAGUCUGCAAAAUGACCUGUUCUCCCUGUCUCGUGCUGGCAUGAUCAGCACUGUGGAGGUACUGAAAAUGAUGGAGGCGUUUGUGAGCGAGCCGAACUACACAGUGUGGAGUGACCUAAGUUCAAAUCUGGGCGUGCUCUCAUGUUUGCUCUCUCACACCGAGCACCACGAGGAGAUUCAGGAGUUUAUCCGCGACCUCUUUACCCCCAUUGGACUUAAGCUUGGCUGGGACAGCAAGCCUGGAGAAGGCCACUUGGACGCUUUGCUGCGAGGGCUUGUGUUGGGCAAGCUGGGUAAGACAGGACACAAAGCCACGCUGGAGGAGGCUCGCAGGAGAUUUAAAGACCAUGUGGAAGGCAAGCAGAUCCUAUCUGCAGACCUCAGAAGUCCAGUUUACCUGACAGUUCUAAAGCAUGGAGAUAGUGCAACGCUGGACACAAUGUUAAAGCUCCAUAAGCAGGCUGACAUGCAGGAGGAAAAGAAUCGCAUAGAAAGAGUUCUGGGAGCAAUCUCAUCUCCUGACCUCAUCCAGAGGGUGCUCAGUUUUUCUCUUUCGGAGGACGUGCGUCCCCAGGACACCGUGUCGGUGAUUGGAGGCGUGGCCGGAAGCAGUAAACUGGGCCGCAAGGCAGCCUGGAAAUUUGUCAAAGACAACUGGGAGGAGCUUCAUAACCGUUACCAGGGCGGGUUCCUCAUAUCUCGACUGAUUAAGGUCACUGUUGAUGGAUUUGCAAUUGACAAAAUGGCUGCAGAAGUAAAGAGUUUCUUUGAGACUCACCAAGCGCCAGCGGCCGAGCGCACGGUCCAGCAGUGCUGCGAGAACAUUCUCCUGAACGCAGCCUGGCUCAAACGGGAUGCACAUGACAUCCACCAGUACUUGCUGCAGCGCAAAGCACCCCCGGUCUGACCCCUGAACUCUGACGCCAGCCUCUCCUGACCUGCUCACUCACUCCAAUCUCCCAGCAAAUCAUCGCUGCCUCCACCACUCCGCCCAGCAGAGCGAGUGUAUCCAGAAACCAAUCCUGCUUUGUUUUUUAUAUCCAGUGACUAUUAAAGAGCUGCAGUUCUAUCUUGCAAAAAUACAGAAGAGAAAAUUAAAUCAAGACAGAAUCAACACUGUUAGUAGUGUGAUAAGGACUGUUGUACCCUGUUCUGCCUUCUGAAGAUGAUGCACAUGCAAAGAUGUAAUCCCAAAUGCUAAACAUUUCAGAUAUGAUUUCAUUUUAAAAUAGUAACGCAUGCACUUGCUUUCUACAGUACACUUCAAGUACACUUCUUUGCCACACAUUUCAGUAUGGACUUUGACCUACAUCUACACAGUAGUAUGAAAACUGUGAAUUGCUUCUGCUCUUCCAACUCUCUUUAAAAAGAGGCAUGCUUGCAGCAUUUGAUAUCGAUGCGUUGAUAUCGAUGCUUUUCUUCAAUGUUUAUUUUUACACAUGUACACAUGUUUUCUGUGUAAACAGUAUUCUACUUUUAUCUGCUGGGUCAUCCGUGAUGAUGGCUAUAGCCAGUUUUCCUUAGAAUCAACUUGAGAAUUGGUUGGCAGAAUGGGGUGAAAGGUCAUGGUGUUGUGCUUGUAAAAUGAACUUAUAACAGCAACGGCACUGAUCCACAACGCUAAAACGGUUCAUCCGGCCUGAACAGCGUAAGAAUGGUACUGUAUGUAUAUUGUAAAAUGCAAACGUUCUUGAUGAGACCUUCAAAUAACCAGAAUUGCAUCGUACAUGAUCCUUCCUCCUUCAUCUGUAUGUAAGAAUUCCCUUUACACAACACACUCCCAGUGGCAUGUCCCUCUUGAGUAACUACAGAAUGGGAAAAAUAAACUGCAUUUUAGAUAUAUCCCUGUACCCUAUGGGUUGAAGGUAUAUUAUAAAAUGUAUAUUCAACAGUUCUUUUGUUGUAAACGUCACACUUAAAUAAAAAAGACAUACCUUG